AAACAUUCACUUAAUUCCCUUAUUAUUCUGAACAUGAUACAAGGAAUAUAAAUAGGACAUUUGCAUAAGAUUUGCAGAGAAUAUAGCUGUUAGAAAAGAGAAAUGUGUCAGCAGCUUUGCAGGAGAAUAAUGUGUCAGAUUAUGGGCUUGCAUCUUAGAAUAUUCUCUUCAUGAUCUGAACAAAUAUUAUGGGCCUUCUUCUCUAAGUCUUGGCCCAAGUCUUGAUCUCCUAACUCAGAAGAUUGGGCCUCCACUUUCAAAUCUCGGCCCAAGUCUUCAUUUCCUAUGCUCUCAUGGUCUUCAACAGAGACGACGUCGAGAUUGCAACAGAGGAGACGACGCCGAGACGGAAGAGACGACACCGAGACGGAGGAGACGACGCCGAGACGAUGUCUGUCGAUGGACGAGAUAACUCUGAGACGGAGGAGAGGAUUCAGGCGAAGCACAACUUGGCUCGGCGAUGGAGAAGACGAAGUCACGAAGCUGCAACCGCAAAGAAGGAGAAGAUGAAGGCACUGGGCAGCAAUCGAAUCAAAAGGGGUUCUUUAUGGGUGGCAUGGGCAAGACAAAAUCUGCUGCAGAAGAAAGGAUUUUGGGAAACUAAACUCACAACUUCGCUAUCCUGGAACAUGCGGAAACUCCUGAAGCUCAGACCAAUGGCGAAGCCUUUUUUGCAGAUGGAGCUUGGUGAUGGAAGCAAAGCAUUAUUCUGGCAGGAUAAUUGGAUGUCUAUGGGGGUCCUAAUUGAUGUGGUCGGGAGAAAGGACAUCUCCCUUCUCGGGGCGAGAUCAGACAUACUUCUGCAACUGCAUAUUGCACUUCUACAAACUCCGGUUCCAUCAGACGCGAAAGGCCCCGAUAGGGCAUUGUGGCGGCACAAACACGACGUGUUCAUGCCCUACUUCUCUUCUGCUAAGACAAGAGAACAGAUCAGGGAACAUCUUCCGGAGAAGGAGUGGCAUAAACUGGUUUGGUUUCGAGGAGCUAUACCACGUAUGUCGUUUCACUUGUGGCAGCAGACAGAUCUAGAACCAUUUGGCUAUCUAUUGCUGGCCGCAACCACCGCUAGACAUCAAGAUCUGCCAAAGCUGGAUUGA